CCGCUUUUAAAGCACACUGUCAUCCAAGCAAAACAAAAAGAAAAAUAAUUUUUAUAAGCCGCAAGGAAAAUUGACAAUAAAACCACAUUUGUUCAGUUAAAAUGGCAACAAAGGCAAAACGAUCAAAAAACGAUGCAACCAACGUUGAAGAAGCUAUUGAAAUAGUCGAAGAUUCAACUGAGCCCAAAAAGAAAAAAUCAAAAUCAAAAAAACGUGCGUCGGUAGAAGCAAGCACAAGUGCAAGUGACUGGGAUGUUGAUGACUACAAAACAGAGUAUGAAAGCGAGGAGCAUUGGGACCUGCGUCGCAAUUUUAUGUUAGCGCACAAGGAUCGUUUUGAUGAGGAUCGCUUGGUGUGCUUGGCACAAACAUUUAUCAAUAUGGAAUUCAUGGGCUGCAAAUAUCCCAGCGACACAAUGUUGCUGGUAGCGGAACUGUCCAAAGACAUUGCCGAAGAGUUCCGUAAGAGUCGUGCACAGCGAUUGAAACGUACAUUUAUGUCGGCGUCGGAUGCGGCGGAGCAACGCGCCAAAGGGCGCAGAGCUGCACCUGCUGCCAGACCCGAGACAAGCCAUAGCAGCAGGCGUGAACGUUUAUGCUUCGGCAGCAGCGAUCCAAGUAAUCUCUUUGAAGGAUUACGCUUUGGAAGACUUGUUAUAUAUCUAACUGGUGGCCGCUGUUGUCUGCGCAAUUCCUGCGUUGUCAGCCAAAUCAAAUACGACGAACGACAAGUGCCAACAACAACUGAUGAAAACGACACAGUAUUCGAAGUUUUGAUAAACGACGAGGUUAUUGCCACUGGCAGCGGUGAAACCGUAAAGGCAGCCAAGAUGGCUGCAUUUAAACAAGCUCUGCUACUAUUGCAGACUCAUUGCUAUAGCAUCAAGCUUAAUGCAACGCGUGAGACCAUUAAAGUGGAGAAGAGCCAAAAAGGAGUGGAGAUUAAUGUCACGCAGCGAUCAGCGGACAGCUUGUCUGAGCUAAAGCUAGAUGCCAACAACAAGGGCUAUGCUAUGAUGCGCUUAAUGGGCUGGUCUGGUGGUGGACUGGGAAGAUUGAAGCAAGGCCGCGAGGAACCUGUGGGCUAUCUGCUAAAAAAUAAUCGCACGGGAUUGGGCUCAAAUGAUCAAACAAAUAUGGAGGACUAUCGCGACCUUCUCAGGAACUAUGUUAAGUCGGAUGACAUGCGUGACAUGCAGUUUGAGCCCACAUUCUCUAAGGAAGAACGUGCUGGCUUACACAAAAUUGCCAGCAAUCUUGGUCUGCGGUCCUCUAGCUACGGCACCGGGGAUGCGCGUCGCUUGCUAAUUACCAAGAAGAUACCGUACGCGAAAAUUCUUAAGGAGGUGUUACUGCAACGUAAUCCCAAGGUCUGUGACCGGUAUUUUGUUCAAGUGCCUAUGGAAAAGGCGCAUUUGUUUCCAGGUCAUGUGGCUGCCUUAGAUUUAGAAAAUAUAACGGAGUAGCUUUAAAAGUUUAUGUUUA